AUGAACCCCAUCACAAACGGCGACGACCAGCAUAACCAUGGUGUGUACAGAGCAAGCUCCGUCGCCGAAAUCCAGGCUACGCUCGCCCACCUCGGCCGCCAGGAAGCCUCCGUAUCAGCCCGCCUCGAUGCCCUCAUAGCCUCCCAGAAAGACCUUUCGCGCCAACUCGGCCGCCUUGACCUAUUGCGUGCGAGCCUAGGGUCACAGGUCGUCAACGCCCGGAAUAUCAGCAGUGUAACGCUCUCGGAUGCUGCCUCGACGGCGAACCGCAUCUCCAGUGCCGUGAAGCGUCUGGACAGCGAACAGUCAAACGUCAAGGCAACCCUGGAAGUGGUGGAGCAGGUGGCGGAGCUCAAAGCAUGCGUCUUAGGCGUCCAUGAAUCCAUGGGAGCCCACCAGGACUGGGAGACUGCCGCCGGGUACCUCAGUCGAGCUUCGAAAAUCCCCGCCGAAGUCAUAGAUGGCAGCUUUGCGGAAGAGAUUGUGCCUACCGCCGAAAUCCCCGACCCUCCCAGGGUGACGUUGAAUGCUGCUGCCGAGUCCCUCUGCGCUCUUUUCCUACGAGAAUUCGAGAGAGCUGCCAAGGAUGGCGACGGCGGCAGGGUUACCCGCUUCUUCAAGCUCUUCCCCCUGAUCGGCCGGACAGACGUGGGUCUUGACGCCUAUGGACGUUAUGUGUGUCAAGGCGUGGCCUCAAGAGCGAGGACGAACCUCAACUCAGGUGCUGGCCGUAAAGAUGGCUUCUUCUACGCCAAUGCUCUGACGAAGUUAUUCGAACACAUCGCCCAGAUCGUGGAUAGCCACCAGCCUUUGGUCGAACAGCACUACGGGAACGGCACCAUGACAAGAGUCAUUGAGCGGCUCCAAAAUGAGGCAGAUGUGCAGGGUGGCAUCAUUUUAGACACGUGGCAGGACGAGCGUGUCAUUGAAAGGAAGCUUACUGAUAUAAGAUCUUACGCCUUCUCCUUCCUCGUGCAGAGCUUCUUACCUGCUCAGAAGCCAUCUGCAGGCACUCCGAGGUCAGGCUCGCCUGUCAAAAGAGACGGUGCCACCGCUGGGCGUUCGAGCGAGGAUGAAGGCGUUGAUAUGAAGGAAGUUGACGGCUUACUGGGGGAAGCUGCUGUUAUGCUUGGGCGAUGGGCCUUGUAUGGCAGAUUCAUCGCUUCCAAAGCUGUCACUGAGAGCACUGUGCUGUCUAUGCCUCAGUUUCUGGCAAAUAGCAAUCUCUCCAAGAAGAUCGCUAAGGCGCUCGUCGAGCCGUUCAACGUCAUGACGACUUUCUUCUUCCGGCGCUCCGUCGAAAAAGCCUUCCAGCUUGAUGAAGCCCCCUCCGACCUGACCCUCAAUCCGAACAAGCCUCUUGGGGCGAAUCCCCCGUUCAUUACUUCCGCAGUCGACGAUGUAAUGUACAUUGUAAACCAGAUCCUGCAGCGCUCCCUCGCAACCUCUCAGCGCGCGGUGAUCUCCAACGUACUCCCAACCAUCUCCCGCGUUUUGAGCUCCGACUUCAUCGGGAUGAUCCAGCGCAAGAUGCGCGACGAGAGCUAUCCCAAGGCCGCCAUCCAAGGCUCUUUACCGCCCGAAAACCUCGUCCUGGCUUUCUUGGUCUUGUUAAACAACCUCGACGUCGCGACCGACUAUAUCAAGCGUAUCGUCUCCUCUCAGCUGGGUGCCUCGGCCAUCUCGACCGACGCCCCAGAGAGCAACGCGCCAAACUCCCCGCUACAAGACCUCUUCCCUUUCGCCCACGAUGCCGUAUUCGUCGAAGGCCAGCUCAAAGCGCUGGAUGCAGCUUUCACCGCCAAGACAAGCGAGCUCAUCAACGACGGCAUCCAGGUGCUCUUCCACCAGGUAAUGAAGCCGCGCAUCCGGCCCAUCCUAACCGAAGCCUUCCGCGACGUCGAAUACAACAUCGAAGCCGACGAGCUCGCCGCUGGUAACAUAGGCGACGGCGACGACGAGGACGGCCAGGGCGUUCCCGACGGUCUCGUCAAGGCGCGCUUCGAUCGCGGAUGGGGCGCGCUGACCCGCCCGAUCAGGCGGAUACUGACGGAGCGGAACUUCGACAGGCUGAUGCAGGUCUCGACGGCGUACCUGGGCAAGGCGCUCGAGAAGAGGAUAUGGGGGUGUUAUGGACGGGUUAAUGAGUUAGGAGCGGUGAGGUUGGAGAGGGAUGUCGCGGGCAUUGUGGCGAGUGCGGUCGCGGGGGGGAAGUAUGGGCUUAGGGACGCGUUUGCGAGGUGUGUGCAGUUGACGCUAGUGAUGAACAUGGAAGAGGAUGAGUGGGAGGAGCUAAAGGCGGAGGAGGGGGGUAGGGGUGGCAUGGCGUGGGUGCUUGAGAGGAUGGAGCGGGAGAGAGCGAGGGGGAUUGUGAGGGACAAGGUGUAG